AUGUCGACGCAACGCGAGCGUGCAGCUGCACGCGAGCAUGAGCUCACUAACAGGCUUUUCGGCACAAAGGAGGCCUAUGAAUCUGAGGCGCCUGAUUCCCAUAUCCAGGGCCUUGAUGACAGCAUGGCCCAGGACGACGGCACCCAGUCGGCACCGACGGAGCGGCCUGCCCUGUGGCAUGACGAAGACGACGAGCGAAUUACGGUGGCGCUAGCUGGCGCUGCUGCCCGUGCCCCGGAUGGCUCGGUGCGUGGCACAAAGCGUCUGCGUAAGCUACGCACCGAUCCCAAUGAGACGACAGUUUCGGGUGUCGAGUACCAGCGGCGCCUACGGCGACAGUAUGUAUGUUGCGCUCACACUAGAUUUGAGCGCAUGCAUCCCCGUCCUGCGUGGGCUUCCGUGGGCCAGCGCAGCAGCGACUCUGCGUGGAGCGCACCUCUCCUUCAGGAUUUGCUGAGCAGCGACGCUGGCCUCUUGAGCCGGCAUCAGCGCUCUUCUCUGCUCUCACCAGCCAAGCUGGAGGUGGAGCGUUUGCGCGACGCCAAUGAGGCCCAGGGACGCCUCGCAGAGCCGGCGGCAAUUGAGCAGCUGCAGUUCCAUCCCAGCGGACGAGCGCAUGUGCUGCUCACUGCCUCGCGCGACCGCCGCGUGCGUCUAUUCCAGAUCAAUGGCACGAACAAUCCCCUGCUAGAGACACUGCAUGUGCCGGACCUUCCGAUCAAGACAGCCCAAUUUCACCCGUCCGGCUCGUCCGUGCUCAUUGCGGGCCCGCGGCCGUACCUGUACGCUUAUGAUAUUCGGUCAGGUAAGACGCUGUGCUCGAGUCCCUGGCGCGGUGCAGGGCGCAUUGUGUCGAGUGCGGCAGGCACGGAAGCUGAUGCGGGUGCGGAGCGUGACCUCAGCUUUGUUCGCUUCCAGCCCGGCGGUGCCUCGCGUCUUGUUGCUGUGGGUGGUAGGCGCGGCCAGAUCCAUCUGCUCGACUGGGGCGCAGGCGCCGCUGGUCAGAUGGGCGGUCAGCGCAUUGGCGAGCUGCGCAUGAAUGCACCACUCGCGGGUAUGGCUUGGGCGGCUACACCAGGGCAGGAUAGCGAACACCGGCUGCUGACGCUGUCAACAGAGGGCCGUGUGCAUGUCUGGGACGUGCGCAGCCGCUCCUGCCCUGUGACAGCGUUCGAUACGGGUCUAUUUGGCGCCAAGGGGCUGGAGGUCACGCCGCCCCUGAGCGCUGUCCCCUCCAUGUGGGCUAUUGGCUCUAGCAGUGGUAUCCUGAACGUAUACGGCGGCGCCGACGACAAAGCAACCUCCAGCGACUUGCUUGACGACCUGCUGUCCACACCAGCGACAGCUGCCGUCACGGACGACGUCAGUCUCCAAGCGCGCAAGUCUCUGGGCAACCUUACCACUGCCACGACGUCCCUGCACUUUAGCCAUGAUGCGCAGCUCCUGGCCAUGGCGAGCCGCCACAAGAAGGACGCCUUGCGUGUCGUUCAUACUGCGUCGCUGCAGACGUACGCCAAUUGGCCCACCGCAGGAACGCCCUUGGGCCACGUGUCUUCCCUGGGCUUCUCGGCCCACAGCGAGUACCUCGCGAUCGGCAAUACCCGCGGCCGUGUGCUGCUUUACUCCAUGCGCUCGUACUUGUAG